ACUCCAGCACAGGAGGAUAUGCCUAAACAUUCCACAGAAUAGGUUCACACGCAUAACUGAAAAUUAUCACGUGAUCAAGUGACUUCAUCAUUUAUUUUUCAUUGCUAUUGUAUUGGUGUCAUUCCACCUGAAGGGUGCUAUGCUUUGCAACGUACAAGUUCACGGAACACACGUAGGUAAAUUCACUGUGGCGUAGCGAUGGACGAAAUGUUAUCAUUGCCUUUGUAAAGCAUUCUCCAUAUUACUACCACACGGAUCCAAACUCUGAACUCCCACACGGUUCUCAUCGUGUCUGUGGACUGUGGUCAUUAACAACUGUUCAAGCAAAGGGCGUUAAGAUUCUACCUUCUGAUCAAGUCAACCUUACAUCCGACGGGUUAUAUCUACCGUGCAAAGAUGAGGGAGCUUAAAUUGUCCCUGGCGAUCUCUGUUCUGGUUGUUAUGGUGUCUGGCCAGCUUCAACCAGAGGAUAUGAUGCCCUUCACAAAUCCGGGUGAAAUCGUUUAUGAAUCUCCGCUUACCAUCAAGUUUGCGAUGAACGCAGUCGGAGGGAUCUGGCAGCAGACCCGGGCAAUUGAUUCGCUGGCCUAUGCGUGUAGAAGCGUCUUACCGGUUGUUGGAUCGGCGAUACCAGUGGUUGACCAGACAAGUCUGAUUUGGGGGUUCGUCUGUGACGAAGUCAUCGAAGCUUCCAGAGAUCUGGACAACUACGACGCACGGGGGUUCUGUGUCGACUUGAUCGAGGAGGUAUCUGAUCUGGUUGAAAAUCCCGAUGGGAUGACCGGUUUCAGGCGACGCAGACAAGCAUUUCCUCCAACCAUGUCAGAGGAGGUAAACGAUCCCAUUAUAGAAACCCUGAUCAACAGUACAAGGGAUCUGUACGGAAUCGACAUCAACAUGAUCAUUGGUAAUAUAUCUGAUAUUGAUACAAUUUGCACCAACAUCAAAGAUAACUUCCUGAGGUUAUCUCUGAAAGAUAUCAUUACUACAGCCGGAGGCGAAUUGGGAAAGGCUUUUCUGCCAAUGGCAGCACCGAUCUGCGAAGACUACAAUGGCUUUCUUCUUCAAACCUUCCAGGUACAACCUCCAUCAGUAGACUACAACAUCAGCCAAAUCAUUGCCCAUCUCGGGUCUCUGGCCGCUGGGUAUGACAGCAUGAACGACCUCUGUGAAGAUAUGGACCUAGCACUGUCAAUGCAAGGUGACAAUGGGGAUGCCAGGAGAAUGUUCGCCAGUGACGCCAUUACAGAUGCCUUCGGCGUCUUGGAGAAUGCUGAUAGGUGUACUACAAUUGCUACUGGCGUAAUCAACGACGUCGUAGUACCUCUGGAGCGUGUGUAUGACUCUAGCUACGAGAUCACUAACAACGACAUCUAUCAGUAUACUGGCUUCAGUGGUGGUGUUCCUAGCGUGUGCUCCCCUUUAGCAAACGCUUUUACGAAUAUUGUAGACCUGGUGGAUGCUGAACCGGUCCAUCUGAUCCCCGAAACUACGUUGACCGUUCCAUUCUUUUUGAAUGCUGCCGGGGGCAUCUGGAAGCAGAGCAGACUCAUCGACUCAAUGGCUUUCAUCUGCAGCGAGGUGUUGCCGGAUCUAGAAUCGAUGGUGCCCGCGAUUAAAUCUUACUUUGACCAGGCCGACUGGGAUUACAACCAAGUUUGUGGUCGGGUUCAGGAGGCAGCCAAUAACCUGGCGGGAUUCGAUGCGGAAGAUUUCUGCAAUGACAUUACCCAACUGAUCUCUAGCUUGGUCAGCGCUGAGAGGAAACGGCGACAGGCAAUGGAUUCUUCCGCGCAGGAUCCUCUGGUACUCAUUAAUGACAUCACCAAGAAGCUGUACAACAUCGACAUCACCGAUCCGACUACCAUCUGCCCAAACAUCGGUCAGUUCCUGGACCGGUCCAUUGAUGAUAUCUUAACGGAGUUUGAGACAGAGCUGAUGGUCGCCUAUCUGCCGGAGGUAUCUCCAUAUCUGUGUGAAAAUUGGAAUGAGAUGCUCCAAUCCUUCUUCCCGGGUGUCGAUAAUGCUCAAGAAUACAUCGACGUGAUCAACAAUGGUGUUCGUAUCGUAGUCCAACUUUUGGGGUACGACAACAGGCAAGACCUUUGUGACAGAAUUGGCGAGGUGCAGGAGCAGUCAGAGCAAGCAAGAAGGACCUUUGCCGAAGGAAUCAUUGAAAGUUCUUCGAGCAUUUACGUCGACACAGCCCGGUGCUCCAUGUACGCAAACGACCUCAUUGAUGAGGUCAUUCACCCACUCUUUGAGCUCUUCGGGCUACCGAUUAAAAUCAGCGAUUAUACCAUUUACCGUUAUACUGGUUUUAUGGGUGUAGAAGGGGUCUGCAGAGCCAUCGAGACAGCUUUCACGAUGCUUUCUGUGAUUGACAUAUCGAUGACGCUCAAAGCGGAGAGUAUGAAUGGAAUACCCCUCGUGUAUACCGAUGAUCUAGCUGAUAGAAAUUCCGAUCGCUUCCAGGAAUACGAAACAUUUUUCUGUGGAGUGACGACGAACUUUAUCACCCAGGAGCUCGGGAACGAACUGCGAGACAUCACCUGCACCGCUACCGCAUUUCGCCAGGGUAGCAUCAUCGCCGAGUUGCAAUUUCAACUACAUGCUAUUUCGGAAGAGGUUGCGAACACACUUGCCGACGACGCGGUCGAGCUUGCAUCCAGUGACAGUCUGACCAUCUCUGGGGAUGGGAAUUCACUGACUCUUUCCGAGGUCCAAGUUACAACUGAUGAAAGGCCAGGUAUACGGGGAGGUUUGAGUACUGGUGCCAUCAUCGGCAUCGUCGUUGGCGUUUUGGUUGCCCUUGUCCUCGUCGUCGCCAUCAUCGCCAUCGCCGUAAAGCAAUCUCACCGACAAGCACAUAACAAUGCCCCUGGCGGACGAGGUAUUGGGAUGCAAAAUCCUGGAUACGCAUCUGACGAGAAACCAAGAUACGCUUAAUCUGCAUAGCUUCAAAUGUGUUUUCCAGCCUUGCAGUUUGGUAACCAUGGUGACGUAAAUCGAUAAAAGUUGGAGAAAAUUGAUUAAUAAAGGUCUUUCAUCAAUACUAUCGGGAAAUCUAAAAGUAUAUCAUGUUAAUAAUCUGUAAAUCAUGUUCUGUAUUUGUUUUGCAAUUAAGUCUUAAUCUAUUAAAGAAUAAUGUAACAUUGUACAAUUGUGUAACAUGAUAAUAACAUAUAUCAGACGAGUCAUAAAUGUUACAGGCUCACUCAUAACUCAAAUUAUUUUUUUUAAUCAGUUUUCAUCCUUAUUUUGUACUAUGUUGUUUUAUCGUCUUGAAGAUUUGAUAUUUGCAUAUUUUACACAGAUCUAUUGGUACUGGUUACUAUCAUAUUUAGCUCUGACUAGACGGGGCAUGAAUAUAGCAACUUUAUUCAUAGCGUAAACAGUGUAUUUUUUUUACUUUUAUUAUACUUGUUUAUUUUACUAUGUAUUUGGAGAUCUUGAGAUUUGAUAGGCCUUAUUUUCACAGAUUACAGUACUUUAUGAAUUAAUGAUAUUUAGAAUCAUACGCAGUUCCUAUCUAUAGGCUGCAAUGUAUCAAGUUUAUUGGUAACUAUUUUAUUUUUAUGUGUUUUAAUCAUCUUAAUGUACUAUGUUAUUUCAUCGAUUUUGACAUAUAUUUACACAUAAUACAGUACUUUGUCGAAUGGUAUUGUUUAGAAUCAUAUUAACAUGAUUAAGCCGUUCAAUAUCAAAUAUAGGCUGAAAUAUACAUGUACUAGCAUGUCGAUCCACAUCUUAAAGAAUAUGUUUUCUUUUACUUUUUGAUAAGUUUUCAUCUGUAUUAUUUGCUGUUAUUUUAUCUCCAUGGAAAUUUCGUAGGACUAAUUUUGCCCAGAUUGCAAUACUUUAUCGAUACCACUUGAUAUCAUAUUCUGCUCAUAACGAUAUCACUUUAUAGAAAAUCAUUCUUUACCUUUAUUUUCAUGAUUGACAAAACUAUAAAUAAGUGUUCAUACUUGUCUGUGUAUAUAGUUAUGAUCUAAAUAUUGUUCCAGCUAUGCUUUUUAGGAACACCCUUUUCGACUUUGUCAUAAAUAGGGGGGGGUAUAACCAGGGGUGGUGCUACACAGGGAGGGGAUCCUAUGGUUUUUUUCAAGUGUUGACAGGGGAAGGGAAGGAAAAAAGAGGCAUUUUCUGCUUUACCAUUUGUAAUGAAAUGGGGACAAAUGACGUUACAAAAGAUCUGCCUCUUAUCAAAUUACGUUUUCACCGCCCCUGGUUAUCUUAAAAUAAUAAUAAGCAGCUGAAUAAUAAUGGCACAGUUUUUAAUUCGUUUUUCAAGCUAACAUUUUUUUUCCUCGAAGAUACAUUAUAUCUCAGAAUGCAUGUAGUUUGAAGUGCUCAUAUCUUGAAUCAUCGGAAAUAGAUGUAAUCGGUGUGGAAGUCGCGUUGAUUCUAUGUAAUCAUAAUAAUUGUUAUUUUGAUUCUACAACUUAUUUUAAGAAUGAAGCUACAUUUUAUAUAAAUUGUAUGCUUGGUUAUGAGUGAAACUGUGAGCUUUUUCGCAAAUGCGGUAAAUUUACUGAGGACCGCCCGAACAGGUGUUUGAAAUACACCACGGAGAUUGACUAUAACACUAAAUGAGGUGAUAUAACAAACAUUAGGCCUUAUUGCUACAUAACACAAAUGGUGUAAAACUAACACUAAACAAAGGUGUAAAUUGCUUGGUGUGUUCCUUUCACAACAAAGACUGGUGUAGUUUAAAUAUCAAUGUAUUUAUCCAUUUUUUUUGUAAUGUGAUAAAACCCUUUCAAUAAUUUGAUCAUGGAAAAGGUGCCUUUCUAAAAUGUAUAACCUUCACUUGUCAGACUGCGGGGCGCCAAUGUAUAGCAGUUUAUGAAACUGAAAAGGACAGCCCUGCAGUAUAAAUACAUAAAAAUUAAAUAAAGAGAAUCAUUUUCAUGAUAAAAACAAUGAAUGUUCUUAAAUGUAUGAUAAGAAUUAACCAAAAGUGUCUAAUGAAUAUCAUUACGACUACAUAUAAACCAGGCUUUCGCCGCUUAAGAAAACAAUCGUACUAUAUAAAACAGAAAACUAUGGACAGGCCAUUCUCUUUUGCGACAUAACUCUUCAUGCAUUCAUAUGAAGGGAAAAAAUUGGGUGCCCGAACGGGUCAGUGCCACAGAACAAUAAGUCAUUAUAUCAAUGUUGAAAAUGUUCUUGUGAUUUUGUAAGGGCGGUAUUGCAGGGGACAGCGGGCAACCACCCACAACGAUUUUUAUUUCAAGUAUUGAACAGAAAGAAGAAAAGUAGGAGGAAAAGGGAAGAGAGAAUAAAACAGAUAAUACAAAAGAGGUAUACAGGUAUAAGACGUUUAACGUGUUUAACUAUUACUCCUGUAUUCAUUUUUUUUAAAUAGAAAAUUGGGUCGUCCUGCAUGCCACCCCCCCCCCCCUCCAUAUCAAAAUACCCUGGGCCGCCCCUUAACUAUUUCAUGAUGAUGAUAACAUAAAUAACAUCCAAUUUUACCCAAGGUAGACACUUCAGUUCCGAAAACUGUUUCCCUAGCGGGCCCAGCCUGGCAUGUCAUGUAUGUGGUUCACGUAGUUUGUUUUUGUGAUCAUAAAUAUGUAAAGAUUUUUAAAAGAUAUUUUAUUUUUUACAUGCAAUAAUUAAUCUAGAGCUAAUUCUGAAAAAUAAAAAAAAAUAAAAAACA